AUGAAGAUCCUCCUGCUGUUGGCAAUGAUCGUGACCUUUGGUCUACUGCCAGCCCAUGGGGCUUUGUGGAAUUUUGGAAUCAUGAUUAAUAAAGUAACAGGAAAGAAUGCAGUAACCGAUUAUGGCUUCUAUGGUUGCUAUUGUGGCUAUAAAGGCAAAGGAUCCCCCAAGGAUGCAACAGACCGGUGCUGCUUUGCACAUGACUGUUGCUACCGCCAGCUGAUGAAAAAGGGAUGUGGAACCAAAGGUCUGAACUACAAAGCUGAUUACAAAGGGAACCAAAUCAUCUGUGCCAAUCAAGACUCAUGUAGAAAACAACUGUGUGAGUGUGAUAAAAAGGCUGCCCUCUGCUUUAAGAACAACAGUAGAAGCUAUAAUAAAAAGUUAAAAUACUACAAUAACAAGAACUGCAGUGGCAAGGCCCCCAAGUGUUGA